UUCCAAGGAGGGCAUAUGUUGUCCCAUGAGACCAAUCCUUGCUCUUAAGUUCAAGCUCCACUGGCGAAGAAGAAACGGGACAAAGUUCUAUAGUGCUUCCACUCUAGCCAAGUGUCCAUUGCAUACAUCAACCCCUACCAGGAUCACAAGUAGCAGGCAUGCUAGGUCUCGUGAGUAGUUAUGCAUGGUACAUAAUAGAAAAGGUCAUCAAGUUUCUUCAAUAACAGCUUCAAUGUCUUCAUGUACAUCAGGAAGCACUUGCGGCUGAUCAACUGCUGCUCCAUGACCUCCACCACGUCCUCUACCCUGUGAAGCUGCUCCACCGCCUCUACCACUUCUACCUCCACUUCGUCCAUGGCCCCUACCGCUGCCCCGUGCA